AUGAAGCUCUCACUCUUCUUAACGGCUGGCUCUUUUGCCUGGGCCAGUCCCUCAGCUCCCAAGCUAGACUACAACAAAGCUCCCCCGAAUCUAUCGACGCUAGCCAAUCUCACAAUAUACAACACAUGGCGUCCUCGAGCUCACGUGCUUCCACCCUCUGGACAGAUCGGAGACCCUUGUAUGCAUUACACUGAUCCCAAGACUGGACUCUUCCACGUUGGAUACCUUCAUGAGGGUGCCGCUGGUGCUACCACGGAUGAUCUGGUGACAUACCAUGAUCUUAACCCAGGUGGUGCUCCUUUCAUUCGAGCUGGAGGCCUGAACGAUCCAGUGGCUGUCUUUGAUGGCUCUGUUAUUCCAAGCGGUAUCAAUGGCACCCCGACGCUCUUCUAUACCUCGGUCUCUUAUCUUCCCAUCCAUUGGACAAUCAACUACACCCGAGGUGCUGAAACACAAUCAUUGGCUGUUUCAACAGAUGGAGGCCGCAACUUCACAAAGCUUCAACAAGGACCUGCUAUCCCGGCGCCGCCCUUUGCGCUGAAUAUGACCGCUUUCCGCGACCCUUUCGUCUUUCAGAACAAGGAGCUUGAUUCCCUUCUAAAGAGCGAGUCUGGAACAUGGUACACCACCAUCUGCGGCGGUGUGCACCACAAGGGCCCCAGUAUGUUCCUCUACCGUCAGCACGACCCUGAGUUCCAGUACUGGGAGUAUCUCGGCGAGUGGUGGCAUGAGAAGGCCAACACCACCUGGGGUGAUGGUAUCUGGGCUGGACGCUACGGUUACAACUUCGAGGUUGGCAACAUCUUCAGCAUCGACGAGGAGGGAUACAGCUCAGACGGCGAGACUUUUGUCACCUUUGGAGCCGAGUGGGGUGAGGCGCCUAUCGUUCCUCAGAAGUCCCCUGAGCGUGACAUGCUCUGGGCUGCAGGCAAGACGACCCUAGAAGACGGCAAGGCCAAGUUUACUCCCUCAAUGGUUGGAAAAUACGACUGGGGACGUUCUGCUUAUGCUGCCGCUGGCAAGUAUCUGCCUUCCGAUUCUAAGGCUUCGUCCAAGAGCAAGGCCCCAGACCGAUUCAUCAGUUACCUGUGGCUCACUGGAGAUUACUACGGUGAUCUCAAGCUGUUCCCUACCCGACAGCAGAAUUGGACCGGAUCUCUUCUGCUACCCAGAGAGCUCACCAUCGGCAAGAUCAGCAAUGUCGUCGAUAACGAGCUUUCUCGCGAAGAGGGCUCGUGGCGCGCCGAGAAGAACGAGUCAGGUAUCGUGGAGCUCGCUACUAUGAAGCAGGUCAUCGCCCGAGAGGCAAUUUCAGCGUUUACCAAGACGAAGGCCCUCGUCGAGCCUGGCCGAAAUAUCAGCAAGUCCGGCUCGAUCGCAUUUGAUCGCAGCCCCAAGUCCAAGUUUUACAUUCUCAAGAGCUCCGUCACAUUCCCCAAGUCAGCCCGCAACUCGGAUCUCAAGGCUGGCUUCCAGAUUCUUGUGUCCAAGAAGGAGUCUACGACUAUUUACUACCAAUUCUCCAACGAAUCCAUGGUCAUCGAUCGCUCCAACACCAGUGCUGCCGCGCUUACCACCAGUGACAUCGACUCUAAAAACGAAUCAGGUCGCCUCCGUCUAUUCGACGUCGUGGUUGACGAUGAGGAGCAGAUUGAGACUCUCGACCUUACUAUCGUUGUUGACAACGCUAUAGUAGAGGUCCAUGCCAAUGAUCGCUUUGGAAUUUCCACCUGGGCUCGUUCUUGGUAUGCCGAUUCGACUGAUAUCCGCUUCUUCCACAGUGGAAGUGGUGAGGUGACUUUCAGUAAUGUGACGAUUCAUGAGGGUCUCGCAGAGGCUUGGCCGGAGAGGAAGCGAUAA